UCAAUUGUUCGAUUUCAUAAUUAUUGGUUUUUGUAAUUUCAUUUUCAUUAAAGAUUUCAGUAAAAUCAGUGUAUUUAUUUCACAUUUGCCAACAGCUAUCGUCCGUUCGACGACGCAAAUAAAAUGGCUCUUAAUUCGAUAAGGAAAUUUACCAGCGUUGUUACGAAAAAUGCCAUCUCAUCGUCGUCUGGCAGGGGGUUGUUCACCGGAGCGGUCCGACUAGCAAAAAGUGAUGGUAAAAGUUUAACAACUGUAUAUGACAAAAAAGAACCAGCUUUGUUGAAUGCUGAUAGCGUAAUAAGAAAGUUGCCCACCGAAGGCUCCGUGCAAGGUUAUAUCGAGGUCGACAGCAAAGUAGAUUUGAGCGCCGUGACAGGUGUCCCCGAGGAACACGUCAAAACGCGUUUAGUAAAAAUCAGCAAAGCUACUAAAAAUGUUAUGCAAUCAGGAACGGACAACACCCACAGUUGGGUCAUGGAAUUCGACAACAGAGAGCGAUGGGAAAAUCCCCUGAUGGGAUGGACAUCCACAGGCGAUCCUUUGUCCAACAUGAAGUUAGAGUUUGGCAAUAGAGCGGAUGCAAUAAACUUCUGUGAAAAAAAUGGUUGGAAAUGGUAUGUGGAAGCCGAACAAAAAACCAAAUCCAAAGUCAAGUCUUACGGUAUUAAUUUCUCUUGGAAUAAACGUACGAGAACAUCAACGAAGUAAUUUUUCGAUAGUAAUAUAAAUAAUUUUUUUGUAAAACUAUCCUACGUAGAGAAAUUGAGUGAAUAAAUUAUCAGGUAUAAAAAACCCUAACAUACCUAUUGUUAUUAAAAAAUUACAUAGAAGAGUAGUGUAUAAAUUAAGAAUAUGUGUUGAAAAAAAUAAAACCACUAUUUUUCUCCA